AUGGCGGCUCACCGUUCUGGCCCGCUGAAGCAGCAGAAUAAAGCUCAUAAAGGCGGGCGCCAUCGGGGUCGGGGAUCCGCGCAGCGGGACGGCAAGGGUCGUCUAGCACUGAAAAUCCUAAGCAAGAAGGUGAGAAAAGAGCUCAGCAGAGUAGACCAGAGGCAUCGCGCCAACCAACUCCGAAAGCAGAAGAAGGAGGCGGUUCUGGCAGAGAAGAGACAGCUGGGCAGCAAGGAUGGUCCUCUUCAUCAGGUACUGGUGGUGCCCCUGCAUGAAAGGAUUUCCCUGCCAGAGGCCUUUCGGUUGCUUCAGGAUAAGGACACCGGAACAGUACACGUGAACGAAUGGGGAAGUACCCAUAGCUUUAUGCUGUUAUGCCCCCGCUUGAAACAUCGAUGGUUUUUCACAUCUGCAAGGCCAGGGGAUCUGCACACUGUGUUAGACAUGGCCAAAGUUGCGGAUACCAUCAUUUUCCUCCUUGACCCACUAGAAGGCUGGGACAGCACUGGGGAUUACUGCCUUUCCUGCCUCUUUGCUCAGGGCCUUCCCACCUAUACACUAGCUGUCCAGGGUGCUUCUGGUCUCCCACCAAGGAAACAAAUAGAUGCCAGAAAGAAGCUAAGUAAAGCAGUAGAGAAGCGUUUUCCUGAUGACAGACUUUUCCUGUUAGACACUCAACAGGAGGCAGAGGUGCUGCUCAGGCAGUUGGCUAACCAAAAGCAACGGCAUCUUGCCUUUCGAGAUCGACGGGCCUACCUGUUUGCUCAUGCGGCUGACUUUGUGCCGAGUGAAGGAAAUAACUUGGUGGGCACCUUGAAAAUCUCAGGCUAUGUUCGUGGGCAGACUCUGAAUGUAAAUAGCUUGCUGCAUAUCGUUGGACAGGGUGAUUUCCAGAUGGAACAGAUAGAUGCCCCUAUGGACCCUUUCCCUUUAAAUCCCAGAGUGAUCAAAUCCCAAAAGGACCCAGGCAUGGCAAUGGAGAUUUGUGCUCCAGAUGCUCUAGCUGAUAUGGAGGAAGACCUUAAGGUCCUAAUGAAGGCAGACCCUGAUAAACAAGAAUCUUUGCAAACAGAGGUUAUCCCAGAUCCAAUGGAAGGGGAACAAACCUGGCCCACAGAGGAGGAGCUGAGUGAGGCUAAUGACUUCUUGAAGAAAAGUUCCAAGGUGGUAAAGAAGGUUCCCAAAGGGACAUCCAGUUACCAAGCUGAAUGGAUUUUGGAUGAGGAUGGUGAAAGUGGUGGGGAAGAUGAAUAUGAUGAUAUGGAACAUGGGGAUUUUAUUGAAGAGGAAUCUCAGGAUGAGGGCAGUGAAAAGGAAGAGGAGGAGGAAUAUGAAACUAUGACUAUGGGAGAGUCUGUGCAUGAUGAUCUGGAUGAUGAGAAUGUGGAUGAUGAGGCUGAGGAAAAAAUGUUGGAGAAAUAUAAACAAGAAAGACUGCAAGAGAUGUUUCCAGAUGAAGUAGAUACCCCCCGUGAUGUGGCUGCAAGAAUUCGAUUUCAGAAAUACAGAGGCCUCAAGAGCUUCCGGACAUCUCCAUGGGAUCCUAAGGAAAACCUUCCUCAAGAUUAUGCUCGGAUCUUUCAGUUUCAGAACUUUACUAAUACUAGGAAACGCAUUUUUAAAGAAAUUGAGGAAAAAGAUGUUGAAGGAGCUGAGGUUGGCUGGUAUGUCACACUUCAUGUCUCUAAAGUCCCUGUCUCAGUGUAUGAGUACUUUAAGCGAGGAGCACCCUUGAUUGCUAUUUCUUUACUACCUCAUGAACAGAAGAUGUCAGUACUGAAUAUGGUGGUGAGCCGGCACUCUGGCAACACUGAACCUGUGAAAGCCAAAGAGGAGCUGAUCUUCCACUGUGGGUUCAGGCGCUUCCGAGCCUCACCUUUAUUCUCUCAGCACACUGCAGCGGAUAAACAUAAGUUUCAGAGAUUCCUGACUGCUGAUGUGGCCCUGGUGGUGACAGUAUAUGGCCCAAUCACGUUUCCGCCUGCAUCUGUGCUGCUUUUCAAACAGAAUAGCAAUGGAAUGCACAGCCUCAUUGCCACAGGCUCUCUCCUGUCAGUGGAUCCGGACAGAAUGGUCAUCAAAAGAGUUGUUUUGAGUGGUCAUCCUUUCAAAAUUUUUACUAAGAUGGCAGUAGUGCGUUACAUGUUCUUCAACAGAGAGGAUGUGUUGUGGUUUAAACCAGUGGAACUGAGAACAAAGUGGGGCCGCAGGGGACACAUCAAGGAGCCUUUGGGUACUCAUGGCCACAUGAAGUGCAGUUUUGAUGGGAAGCUAAAAUCUCAGGACACAGUACUGAUGAACCUCUAUAAACGAGUUUUCCCCAAAUGGACUUAUGAUCCAUGUGUACCAGAACCAGUACCAUGGAUGAAAAGUGAGAUUUCUUUAGCAGUGCCUGAAGUGGACAUGGAGUAAUGGAUUCAUUGGGAUUCUGUCUCAUUGUUACUAGGAAACACUCUAGGGAUGGGAGCCUACAGGUUGUAAUUAGGCAAAGUUUGUGUUUUCUACUUUAGCCUAGAGGUCUACUGCCUUUUUGCAAAAGGCUUUUCUUGGCCUUGACAAGGUGUCUCAGUAAACUAUGGAUGUUUUUCUCUUGCUACUUAGUUAAAAAAAAAAAAAAACCUAUUUAUGAAACGUCCACCCUCCAUUAGGAAUUUGAA